CACCAUGCGAUGUAAUUUGAUUUCAUUGCUAGGAACGCUUUACGUUGGAGAUCAUUUUCGAUAUUUCGCGGUUUCGGUUAGAAUUUUGUUCCUUAAAAUAUGCCUAGUUGAAUGCCCUUCCCAACCAAAGACUUUAUGCUGCUAUGGUUUGUGAUAUGAUUUCGGCCUGGUCUUCUCGAAGGACAUGUUAUCGCUUUUGAUGGCUGAGGUCACUGCAGGGAAAAAUUAAUGAUGUCCACAUCCAGGCCAUGGGACUCAUAGCAGAGAUUGACUUGUUUGAAGACUAACUAGCAAACCCAGAGGGAGGCCAUCAUGAAGCGUUUUCUGUGCACGGACAGCCUGCUGAUGCUGCCCAUAUCCGGAGCAUUCCUCACGUUGCUAGGGAUUCUUCUAAUAAUCCUGUACAUCGUUGCUAGGGGACUGACUGCCUCACUGUACUACGUAGAGGGCGCCCUACCAACAUAUGUUGUCGCUGUUUUGCUGAUUUUGACCGGUGCUGCAAUGAUUGUUCUUCUCAAGAAACGACCAAAUCUUCUGAUCUACUUAGCCAUUGGACUCAACUGCAUAGUAUUCAGUCUAUCUGCCCUCCAGGCUAUCUCUGUAGGAAUCGUGUCCAUCCCAUUCCUGGGUAGUUUCAGCGCUUGUGUUUACCACAGCUCACUGUCGGAAUGCCAGUGCUAUAUACUGACAGCCAAGGAGAACAAUAGCACGGGGAUAAUAGUACCCGGAGCUGACAGUGAGAAAGUGACUUUCCAAGCGGUCCGUAGCUGUGCCGUCAUCGAGCAUAACAUGAUCGACUGUCUGUACAUCCUGUGUAUAAUCUACGGCUUCGCUGGUAUCGCUAGUCUGGUUACCGGCUCACUCUCAUUCAUGCUGCUGUGUUCGCAGAGGCGGGCUACCAAGGAAGCGCAUGCACUCCAAGAGGCCGGCCUGUCCAGAAACCGAAGACAACUGUCAGAUAAUGGGGCACCACAGACUAACGACACCAACAGAGAAAGUAGAACUCAGCCCAGCACUGAGACAUCCAAUCCCACCGCAGCUAGUGCCACUACCGCUAGUAAUACAACCGGGCCAGGACGGAGGGCGACCAUAGGUCACCACGACGUCAGGAACGAGCGACCCCGUAUAGUUCAAAGGUCAUCCAGCACCAGCGCAGCCCAUGGCAGACAGGCUAGACACAACUUGGGUGACGCACGUGGUGCGACGGUUCGGGGGGCAUCAGCCCCGCAGCAGCAUUCCAAUCCCUCACAGCGGCAGGGCACUAGACCCCCGACUCUAGUCCGAGGGGGCUACCUACAGAUCCACGUCAACGGUCCUUCCAUACCCGUCUACGUCGUCCCUGGUAGCAGUAACGAGGCCUUCAUUGCCUUGACGGACCUCCCAUCUCUUCGGCUCCCUUCGUUGGACUCCGUCCCAGCCUACGUCUCUGAAAUCGCAGACCUCUAUCCCAGCGAUCAACCCCCUCCAUACAGUCCAACCCCGGAUGAACAUCACCCUCCAACAUUCUCUGCAAUCAUGGAGUCUCCAUCCACCCCUACUUCUGGAAAUAGAAGGGACCCAGCUCAAAGGCUGGUGUUACUCCAGGAAGAGUCCACUGAUCAAUCUAGGGAAGAACAGGCUCAAACACAAAAUGAAAUAUCAGCUGAGUCUGCUGCACAGAGUGUGACACCUACAGACAAUCCAAAUGAGCCUGGCUCUAACCAGACUGGGGCAGUCCAGACCAGUGUGAUUUCCGAGAGUCCAGACCAAUCACAAACUGCCCAUGUAUCAACAGAGAUAGCAACUCCGCAGUCCUCACCGGGUGAUCCCGAACAGGGAGCAGAAUCUACCCCAGUGAGUGGGGUCGAUGUUGCUCAAUCUCGCGAAGAUACUAUACAAACAAGCAGGGUCUCUCCGAGAACUGAGGAAGCAACAGAGCCUCCAGCAACAACAUCUAGUAACACUGAAAUAAACCAUCCAGGAAAUGUUCAAGACAAUCAAACAAGGGACAGCCCUACUCUCCCUGAGUCAGUUGAGAGAUUGCCAGCCUCAUCCCAAAGCCAAGGUGCGCGCCCAAAGCAAAGGCAGAGUCACUCCCGUGCGGGAGAGGAAGCCUAUUUAGCACACACCAGGAGCUCUUCGCCAUCAAGAAGCUCCCCUCCACCCAGGACUCCUUCACCUCAGAGAGGGCCCCCACCAAACAGAAGGUCUGUUUCUCCUAGAAGAAGACAACAAACAGUGAGCGAGAUCCCACCAAGAGAGUCGGUCAAUACUACAAGGGAGGCAACAAGAGCCAGAUCCAACUCUAGAGGCAGGCAGAGACAGCUCCCGGAUAUCCUCCCAAGGAUGAAUCAUCUCCCAGACACCGAGAUCAGAAACUCAUCCAACCGACCACAACCAGCCAGUUCCUCAAACAGGGAAAAAGCCAGUCAGAAGAAGCACCAUCAACAGAAGUCAUCCCAGAAAAGGCAAGAACGUGUUCCUCAGCAAUCAUCUCAUGGGGAGACAUCCUCAAGAAGACCACCAAAAAAUCCAGACAAAACACAACAUCAGACCAGCUCCAGGUCCAAAUCAAGAGACAAGCCAUCCCAACACAACCCCGACUUGAAGAAGAAGGAUUCUUCAAGGAGAGAUCACAGGCAUCGCAGCAGCUCUGCCAAGCGCGCAUCGGGAAGUGCCAAGAUUGAGAUGAAUAUACCGCCCAACCCCAGCCUCUCAAGCACAGAGAGCUUGACCAAUAUCCUAACGCUGGUAGAAUCAGUCCAUUCGUCAGUGAAGGCCAAGCCUAAGAAACACAGAAAGACCAGCAAUGAAGAGAAAGUCAACCUAGUAGACAGCAGGGUCUAAAUGUGUACUGUCUGUGAUGCAGUACACAGUGGCCUACCACUGAGAGGUGUUAUCACGUUAAAUAUUUCCGGGUGUUAAACUCCAUAUUCGUGGAGUGCCGUAGCCUCAUGGUCUGGAGCAUUGAAUCCGCGGUCUGCGGGUAAUUCUGCAGGUUG